AUGGAUACAAAAGAAAAAAAAUCAAUUAAAAAGCCAACAAUAAAAGAAUUAAAGGAACUAGCUCCUAUUUUAAAAAAAAGUUUCGAAAGAUUUAAAUGUUUAAAUCAAUAUGCAAUUUUACAAAUAACUGAAAAUUCAACCAAAGAAGAAAUUACAUCCAAAUUUAAUCAUUUAUACAACGAAUAUAAAGAAGAAAGUAUGAUUAUUGAAGUUUUAGUAAAUGCCCACAAAAUGUUAACGAAUGAUAACCAAAGACAAAUUUAUGACACCUUUGUUUAUAAAAAUGAAAAAGCUGUUUUGGACCAAUUGGAUAAAAUAAAAAAGAAAAAUAAAAAAAAUACACUUAGUAAUAAGGUAUGUAAAAUAUUAUAA